AGCCGAUUAAGAAAUAUGGCGUAUUAUCAGGGACAACAAGGCUAUGGCCAACCCCAGGGCCCUCCUCCAGGCGGUGUAGAUCAAAGCUUCCUGUGGAAUGUGUUCCAGAAAGUUGAUAAGGACAGAAGUGGCCAAAUUAGUGGCAAAGAACUUGGGGAAGCAUUGUCCAAUGGGACAUGGACACCGUUCAACCCCGAGACAGUCAGACUGAUGAUUGGUAUGUUUGACCGUGAUAACUCUGGAACAAUUAACUUCCAAGAGUUUGCUCAGCUGUGGAAAUAUGUAACAGAUUGGCAGAACUGUUUCCGUAGUUACGACCGGGACAAUUCAGGAUCCAUUGACAAGAAUGAGUUGAAAACAGCAUUGACAGGAUUUGGUUACCGCCUCUCGGACAGAUUCUACGACAUCUUGGUGCGGAAGUUUGACAGACAAGGGAGAGGAACUGUAGCCUUUGAUGAUUUCAUACAGUGUUGUGUUGUCUUACAGACUUUGACUGCGGCUUUUCGACAAUAUGACACAGAUCAAGAUGGAUGGAUCCAGAUAGGCUACGAACAAUUUUUAUCGCUUGUGUUCAAUCUUAAAUCAUAGUGUGCACUAAAUAUAUGUUUAAAGACUUGUGGGCUUCAUAACAUCACAAAUAGUGCUAAAGAAGAUGGUGUAUUUGUAAUACAAAGAUACGUGUAUUUACAUAGAUUUUGUAGAAAAAUCUUUUGUGAACAGUUCUUGAAAUAAAGUGAUUGUCUCUUUGAUUUUUGAAUAUACUGCAUGAUUUGGCUAAGCUUGAAAAUCUCUGAAAAGGCAACCCAAUUAUUUCAUGUUGUAAUCUCUUUUAUUUAAUGUUUUUUUUUAUUUGUUAUAAAAGUUUAUUAUACAACCGCCAUUUAUUUGAACCUAUAUAUCCAAGAUACCACUAAUGCUUAGAUAAUGAUAGUUUUAACACCCUGAGUUACAGAGAUAAACCAUGUACAUGUAUAUAUAACCAGCAAUAAUUUGUAUAAAAUAGUACAAAGUUAUCACAUUUUACAAUAUUGGAGAAAUACAAGUCAUAUGCCAAUUUCUGCAGUAGCAUCUUUUCAAGAAACAUGUAAAAUUGUCCUUUGGGAUUCUUUAAAAAUCAUUUCAUAUUGUUAAAUUUAAUUGCUUGUAAAUUUUUUGUUUACACAUUGUGUAUGUUACACCAAAUGUGUAGCCAAAUUGGUCUGUCAUUUUACUUUCUCGUACAUGUUACACUGCAGUGUAGUCAGGCUUUAAGGAUCACACCACAGCUUUUGGCUGGUUGUGUUUUUCUUGUGUGUGACACUCCUUGGACAUAUCUAUAAACUCCAUGAGAAUGUCUUGUGAUAUUCCAUAAGUCAUUUUAAAAUGAAUCAAUAUGAAAUGUUUUUGUUUUAAGGAGUAGCUUGGAUCAAGAUCAUGGUUUAUAUAAAAACUAUAUACUGAACAUCCUGUCAAGCAUUUUCUUACUGUGGAUCACUAACUAACCAUAAAAAUUAUCUAAAAAGUAACAAAAAUUAAAACCUGAAGAUAUUUUCAAUAAAUGUAUUUCCAAGUCACGUAAAAUUGAAACUGUUUUUGUUCACCCGAAAAUGAGACUUGAAGAUAUUUUCAAUUGUCACAAAAAAUAAUUACAUCAAUUUACAAUAUAUUUUACACCAUAAUUGUAUUUGCUUAAAGUCUUUUUUGAAAUUGAUAACAAUUAUUAGUUAAGACUUUUUAACCAUGUUUAGUUAAAUCAGGUAAAAUAUUAGAAAGUAAGUCUGGUAGAAAUUCUAUAUACAGUACUGUAAAAUCACAUGUUUUCAUGAGGCUCAAAUGCAUUUUCCAAGGAAAUUGAUUUCGUGGAUAUAUCUUAAAAAAUCCACUUGUACUCAAGUUUGGUUUUUUUUUAUCGAGUUAUCAUUUUGUGGAUGUAUGGAUUUGUGGAUGAAGAGUAACCAUGAAUUUAACGAAAAUAAAAACCCCACAAAAAUUAUUCAUUUAACAGUAGUUGUAUUUGGCUUGGUUGGAUCUGUCGUUUAUUAUAUAGAUAUAUGUAUUUUUGUGGUCAAUAAUUAUACUAGAUGUACGUAUGUAGAUGAUAAGUAGUAUUUCAGACUGUAAUGCUAUUCUGUAGCUGGCAAUAUUUUCGAUUAGGUACAAUAUAAUUGUGUAGUUUUGUUUGAAUUUUUUGCAUGAACAAUAUUUCAGCUAUACAACAUAUACAGGGUAUCCACUGAUAUGCUUCGGACAACAUCUCUGUGUUAUGAUCAGCAGAAUAUAAGAAAGAUAAAAACUUGUCACUUAUUAAUACAUGUAUUUAAGAACUUUUCAACAUAGACUUCUGGAAUGUUUUCUCUAGAAUUUUCUUUUCUUUUUAAAUUUUCACAGUCAUAAUUUUAUUGUAUUCAAUAUAUGACACAUUAUAUUUUUCUAUUUACUCUAAAAUGUUAACCUGUACCAGUUUUCACAGAUGAAUGAUUUCAUCCUAGUUUUCAAACCCUAUCCAUUUGCAUUUUCUCAAUAUUCAAUACCAGGUGAGAAAAAACUUUAUGUGAGAAAUUUUUCUUGCUUCUAAAAGCUUUCGGCAAGUUAAACACUGGGAAACAUUUCAGAUGUAACAAAUUGCAUUGUUUCACAGGAGAAAUGGAAAUCAUUACACACAUUAGUCUGUAUGAUGUCUUGAACCAUAAAACGCAACAAUGAUGUAUUUGUCUCUGUUCAUGUCUUGAAUUAAACAAUAAAAUUUAACAUAGCAUUUAAA